GUGGGUUGGUUACGGGCGCCAUUUUGAUAGCGACGCAGGAGCGGCGAGUCGUCGUAUGCCCGUUGGGGAGCUGCCCACCGACUGCUGUUCUACGAAGUUACCAACAUUACACGGUUUAAAUAGGCAAAAUACGAAGGAAUUUAACAACGAUUAUCUUUCACUCUUUAGAUAAGAAGUCCUUUGUCGAACGACGCCUUUUGUAAACAAAAAAUUAGUCGGAGGUCAAACAAGGCCUGAUCGGCGACAGCACAGGGAGCCAUUUCACAGCAGGUAUCCGCGCUUGGACUUUCUGAGGGUGAAGGCAGUAUGGCAGAUGAUUUUGAUAUUGAAGCUAUGCUGGAAGCACCUUAUAAAAAGACUUGCCUAACGAUAUCUCACCUCUACUCCCAUGAAUUCCAGUGUGAACUGUCAAAGUAAGGUAGUAAUUGCGCAAUGUAUUGAUGUACUGUGGUCCCCUAGGUAAAAACAACCUCGUCUUUGAACAUCCAGUCACCUGUUUGGUAGCGACAAGGUGAAUGCAGAAGAUGACAGGCACAUUAACCUAAAGGCAGUACCAUGGAGACAGUAUUCAAAUUUUCUUUUGUUUAGUCUUUUGAUAUUAAUGGGUAACAUGUACAUUUACAAGCAACUGCAUUAGUUGCAAAAUUCCUGCAGGCAUGGUAAAGAAAUGUACAUUUGUCUUACUUUUUUAAUUCAUAUGCUUUGUUCAUAAUUUAUACUUUUAGUUGCUGCAGUGCACUUGUUACAUAUUGUCGUGCAUUGUGUUUAAAAGCAGUGAGACAAGGAAGUGGUGAUUUGGUGAUUCUGCCAAAGUCACCAGGGUCCAGUGGAAUGUUAAAAUGUGAAUACUGUCUCUUUCCCCUUGACCAGUUCUUUUGUGAUGGUUUAAAAUAGCUUUGGAUAUAAGGUAAACCUACAUCUUAGCAAUUUGCAUGCUUUUUCACCAAUUUUUCUUUUUUCUUUUUUAAGAAAUACGCCAACAAAUUAAGUUUUUAGAAAUUGUGGUUCUUGGUCAUUGGAAAUACCAUUCACAUUUUCCGUCCAUUAUGUAUAAAUCCUUUCAGUUGUAGGUGUAGUUUUCCCGUUUUAAAAAGUGGCAGACAUGGGUCAUCUCCAUGCAGCUGGACAAGAGCUAGCGAAUCUGAGGUUGAACUGGUGGAUUUCAUUGAAAUCUUUUUUAACUUUAAUUUCUUGGGAGUCGACGUUACUAAGCAGUGUGAAUCCCUGUUUGCUUCAGGGCGAGAUGUGUGACAGAGGUGGCAUCGAGCUCUUACAGUCCACGAACGAAAAUGGGUGAAGAUCACUGGAAUGGCAUCCACCACAGGAACUCGAUUAGUGGCUGGCUGCUAGCGUGGCCACAUUGGUCUUAGGCAAAGAUAGCCUUGGAUGACAUCAAGUCCAGUAGUGCCAAUGGACAUGAAGAGCGUAGUAAGAAGAAAAAGAAGAGUCGAAGUCGCAGCCGAAGCCGCGACAAACGGAGAAGCAAGAGUCGUGAACGCAAAAGAAGUAGAGACCGCAAGCGAAGCCGCAGCCGCGAAAGAAGGCGUAGCCGCAGCAAAGAGCGGCGGCGCAGUCGCUCCCGCAGCCGGGAGCGCGGCGGUCGAUACCGAGCUCGCAGGAGUCCCUUCAGGAGACGUUCCAGAAGCCGAAGCCCUUUCAGGAAAGACAAGAGCCCAGUGCGGGAACCGAUUGACAAUUUGACUCCAGAAGAGAGAGAUGCACGCACAGUCUUCUGCAUGCAGCUGGCUGCUCGAAUCCGGCCUCGCGAUCUGGAAGAGUUCUUCUCAGCCGUGGGAAAAGUAAGAGACGUCAGAAUAAUUUCUGACCGGAACUCAAGAAGAUCGAAGGGGAUAGCUUACAUCGAGUUUGUGGAAGCCAACUCCGUACCACUGGCAAUUGGCCUGACUGGCCAGAGGCUUCUGGGGGUGCCCAUUAUUGUCCAGGCCUCACAGGCGGAGAAGAACCGGGCAGCUGCAGCAGCCAACAACUUGCAGAAGGGGAGUGCUGGGCCUAUGAGACUCUAUGUGGGCUCUCUGCACUUCAACAUCACAGAGGACAUGCUGCGAGGCAUCUUUGAGCCUUUCGGACGGAUUGAAAGUAUCCAGCUGAUGAUGGACAGUGAAACUGGAAGAUCCAAAGGAUAUGGCUUUAUCACUUUUGCUGAUGCUGAAUGUGCUAAGAAAGCCCUAGAGCAGCUGAACGGCUUUGAGUUAGCUGGUCGGCCCAUGAAGGUGGGCCACGUGACAGAGCGCACGGAUGCUUCAACUGCCAGCUCCUUCCUCGACAGCGACGAGCUGGAGAGGACUGGGAUUGACUUGGGAACCACGGGCCGACUACAGCUGAUGGCCAGGCUUGCUGAAGGUACUGGCCUGCAGAUUCCUCCAGCAGCUCAGCAGGCCCUACAGAUGAGUGGAUCGAUUCCUUUCGGUGCCAUGGCAGCCGUCUCGGAUUUACAAGCAAGGUUGACUCAACCAGCUGAAGCUGGCAUCAGUCCUGCAUUGAACUUGAACCUUAACAACCUGAAUGUGAACACUGCUUUAAACCUGCCAACACAGCCACUGGCAACACAAUGCUUCCAGCUCUCCAACAUGUUCAACCCACAGUCUGAAGAGGAGCCUGGCUGGGAUGUGGAAAUCCAAGACGAUGUCAUUGAAGAAUGCAACAAACAUGGAGGUGUUGUACAUAUAUAUGUGGACAAGAAUUCACCACAGGGCAAUGUGUAUGUGAAGUGUCCCUCUAUACCUGUUGCUAUGGCUGCAGUGAGCGCGCUACAUGGUCGGUGGUUUGCAGGAAAUAUGAUCACAGCAGCUUAUGUUCCUCUCCCAACUUACCACAACCUCUUCCCAGACUCUGUGGUGGCUACUCAGCUCCUGGUGCCCUCUCGCCGGUGAUUUGGCUGCGUGAAAAAUUGCUUGUACAUCGACUGGACUGUACAUAUUUUUUCUUAUUUUUCUCCAUCUGGCAAAGUUGGACUAGCACUGAUCUCGGAUCAGCUUUUGUCCCAAGUAGCAAAUUGCGGCAGAAAUUCUCCGUAGUCUCCCUCCAAGAGGAGAACUUCGGCCUCUUCUCUCCCCCAGUAAUGCAUAUCCUAUAAUUCUGUGGAGGUUUUCUGAUUUUGGCAGUCAAAAGUGACGCUUAAUUUGCAUAACAGCAUUAUGCAUCUAGACAUUGUGAGGUUUUGACAUGCAUAAUAAAGGGACAGUAGUCAUGUGCCCUGUCUGUCAGUUUCACCCAUUGAUCUUGUUACCAUAUGACUUGUAAAUUUGAUGUACAUAGUUGUCUUCAGCUUUAUAGCUUUGUGGCUCGCAUUUUCUUUUCUUCUCCACAGUUAAGUGUUGAACUUGGAAAAAAAAGAACCUUCAAACCACCAAAUUUCGUAUGUUAACAUUUUUAGGAGCGAGAACAUCGUGAUUUCUUGUCCAUCUGAAUAUUCAAUGUUUAAGCUCUAUGAGCUCGAGUCUGAAGUGACAGAAUUCAUUUGUGUUAAUUAGGAAGAUCACUUGGUAUUUCUAAGUAUG